CUCAGGGCUGAUCUUCCUCAGCAAAAAAUAAGUAAAUAAAUAAAAUUGCAGGCCCCUGGCCUCUACUCUAGACUGACUGAAGCAGAAUUUCCUAGAUGUAGAGACUAGACAGCUACACAUUUACAAGCCCCCCUCAGUGAUUCUUCUGUCUACUACGAUGUAGUAGCUGAUAUGAAGAUGGAGUUGACUAGGCUGGCAACUGCUGGUGUCCUCAGGACUUCUGUAUGUGCCUGAGAGAAUGGUGAGGCUGUGUUAAAGGAUUCGGCAGCUAAGGAAAGGGAGAGAUUUGGAGGUGCAAAGAAUGCAUUGUUUGACGUGUGUCAGACUUGACUUGCCAGCAGAAUAGUUUGUGCAGUGGGAUUGCUUGGGAAUCUAGACUGGUUACCCAGGGAAGGAGCCAGGGCAUUAAAUAAAGCAUGGGUUUUUAAAAAUAGAUUUAUGGGUAUCUUUAAGAUACUGUGCCACUUAUUUGCUGUUUUAGUCUACUCUGUUACUGGAAACAAAUAGGUGGUUAUGAGGAAAUAGCUGUACUCGGAGAGAAACCAGGGACCCUGCUCAGUGAAGCUUUCAUGGAGACCUGCGUGCCCCCACACAGGUUCUUAGAUGGCUGGAGCCCCGGGCAGCAGCCUGACCCCACUGUUGUCUGACUGAACCCAGCCACGACUGUCUGAGUGGGGAGAUGAGUUGUGCCGAAACGCUAGGUCAGGGGGCACCACAGACCGAAUGAAAAGAGAUGUACUGCUGUCUAGAUUCUCGACAGCUGGAAUUGGUAAGAUGUGCUAGGGCUGCGUCUGUGCAAAGUAUGUCUCUUGUACUAAUAAGAAUUGUUACUCUUUUCUUUGGAGAAGUGGUUUGAUUUUGUUAUUCGUACUGUUUUUGGUUUCUUGGAUGAUCCACGCACCCCAGUCAGAAGGCAUCCCAUCUCAGGUUAGAAUGAUAGAGGCUUUCCAGACCCAGAGAUCCUCACAAACAAGAUUCUGUGCCUUUGGUCUUCAAAAUUUUAAGUCCUUGGUUUUCCAAGAGUCACAGCGUCCAUCAAAUGGAAGAGGUGUACCCAUGCACAGUGAAUCAUUCUGCAUAAAUCACAUAUCCUGCUUUCUUAGCGACUAAAGAUAGAGCCUGAAGGAACUCUGAUUGCCGUCCUUCAGUACCUUCGGCAUGAAGUUAUUAGUAAUACUUUUAUUUUCUGGACUUAUACUUGGCUGUAGAGGUAACUCUUCCUAUAGUUUUCCACCCAAGUUACUGCUGGUGUCCUUUGAUGGCUUCAGAGCUGACUAUCUACAGAACUAUGAAUUUCCGCAUCUCCAGAAUUUUAUCAAAGAAGGUGUCUUGGUAGAGCGUGUGAAAAAUGUUUUUAUCACAAAAACAUUUCCAAACCACUACAGUAUUGUGACAGGCUUGUAUGAAGAAAGCCAUGGCAUUGUGGCUAAUUCCAUGUAUGAUGUAAUUACAAAGAGACAUUUUUCUGACUUGAACGACAAGGAUCCUUUUUGGUGGAACGAGGCAGUGCCUAUCUGGGUGACAAAUCAGCUCCAAGGAAACAGGUCCAGUGCUGCUGCCAUGUGGCCUGGCACCGAUGUGCCCAUUCACAACACCACACCUUCCUACUUUAUGAAUUAUAGCUCCUCAGUGUCAUUUGAGGAGAGACUAAACAAUAUUACCGUGUGGCUGAGCAAUUCGAACCCACCAGUCACUUUUGCAACACUCUAUUGGGAAGAACCAGACGCAAGUGGCCACAGAUAUGGACCUGAAGAUAAAGAAAACAUGCGCAGGGUGCUGAAAGGAAUAGAUGACCUCGUCGGUGACCUAGUCUACAAACUCAAGACGUUAGGAUUGUGGGAAAAUCUUAAUGUGAUCAUUACAAGUGAUCAUGGGAUGACCCAGUGUUCUCAGGACAGACUGAUAAACUUGGAUUCCUGCAUCCGUCGUUCAGACUACACUGUGAUAGAUUGGACCCCAGUUGCUGCUGUACUUCCCAAAAUAAAUAGAACUGAGGUUUAUAACACACUGAAAACCUGUCACCCUCACCUGAAUGUUUAUCUCAAAGAAGAGAUUCCUGCGAGAUUUCAUUACCAACAUAACGAUCGAAUUCCGCCUCUUAUUUUGGUUGCUGAUGAAGGCUGGACGAUUGGGCGAAAUAAAUCAUCAUCAAAAUUAGGUGACCACGGCUAUGAUAAUUCUUUGCCUAGUAUGCAUCCGUUUCUAGCUGCCCACGGCCCUGCAUUUCACAAGGGCUACAAACACAGCACGAUUAACAUUGUGGACAUUUAUCCAAUGAUGUGCCACAUCCUGGGAUUAAAACCACAUCCCAAUAACGGAACCUUUGGUCAUACUAAGUGCCUGUUAGUGGACCAGUGGUGCAUUAACCUCCCAGAAGCCAUUGGAAUUGUUGUUGGUGCGCUCUUGGUCUUAACCACGCUGACAGGCCUCAUAAUCAUCAUGCAGAAAAGAUACUCUGUACCCCAUCCAUUUUCCCGACUUCAGCUACAAGAAGAUGAUGAUGACCCUUUAAUUGGGUAAUGUGCAGGGGUUUAUACAAAGUGUCUUUGGUUAGUCACAAAACGAAGGAUACACCCAAGGAAUGGUGUUGUAACUAUGAAGAAGUCUACUGUGGAAGACAAAGAACUUAGACGGAGCAUGCUAAAGUUAUUUUGUUUCGUUUUUCCUUGUGUUUUGUUUUGGUGCAUUAGCUAAUACAAAAGACUCUGAUCAUAGUAAAAAUUGCUAGUAAGUCAUUAGUUAACACCAACUAUCUCUCUAACUAGAAACAUCUUUUUAAGAAAAAUUCUGCCUCUGCCUUUUUUUUUGCAAUGAAGAUUUGACACAUCUUUAGAUAAAAUAUACCAAAAUUUAGUAGGCAUGAUUUUCUAAUAAAUUUUUAUAUUUGUAAAUGAAACAACCGAAAUCUUUAUGCAACUAGUGGAUUCUGUGUAUCAGGGAGGAAAAGUUUCCUAUAUUUUUAUAUUUGUCUUUAAUAGAGUUUGUAUCCCAAGUAAACCCUGGAGGUAGGAAAUUCUCUGUGAUGGUUAAUAGAACUGGUUAACCAGGCUGAAAAGAUCUAGCAUGGGAAGAAAUUAUUUUAAGAAAAGCUAUUAUAAAAAAACAAAUGACGACCAUGUGAUACAGAGCCCGAGUCUUCACUGCUGUGUCUUUGUUAAGACCCUUUAGCUGUUGAAGUCUCUAAAGUUUUAUGUCUUGAAGAUUAUUGCUAAUAAUUAAGAAAAUAGAGAAAAGUACUUUUCUCUGUUUGUGCUUAAUGCCUUUGUGUAAGUUAUUUAGUUUGUGUGUGUGUGUGUGUGUGUGUGUGUGUGUGUACAGACUUUAUGUGACUUAGAGGAGGUCAGGUGGCUUGGACUGUAGGCAGGUGUCCACAUUCCCACUGAACACAGUUCUCAGGAAAGGUUGUAUUUGCACUUCGUAUUUGUUUACUUUCUUCUGACUCACAAGGUAAAAUCAUACUUUUAAAAAAUGCAGUAAUUUUUGUUACCUUUUUAACUUUCUCAUGUUGUUUAUUGUAACCAGAGAUAUACAGGUGCUCCAGAAAAAUUGAUGACCUGGAUACAAACCUGGUUUCGAUUGGGUCAGAAGGAGGAAGAGAGAUUUUUAUAUUUAUUUUUUGGACUUUUAUGUGUUACAGGCAACACUUGAGUAGUUAAAGCUCCUGGAGUAGUUAAAGCUACAAUGGAAUUUGGUAUCUUUUGAUCUUUUACAUUAUUCAUGUGGUAGUUGGUGGAAUAAACUCUUAGCACUCUGUUAACGUUCACUAGCCUGAGUGCUGCCUCUGCCUUUCUCUCCAGUAUUUGGUUCCUAGAAAUAAUCCCCCUGCUCAUAUUGUUUUUAACAUACUUGUUCAGAGCCAAGGGUUUGUGGUAAAGAACUGUCAUCCUACCUUUGCCAAGUGGUCCCUUCUAAUAAUCAAACUGAAUAUGAUGAACCUGAGUCGAGGCAGACUAGAUUGUAUCUAUCAGAGGGAAAAUUGGGCUCAAGAAGCAUUCAUCAGGACCUGAGGCAAGCAAUUAAUAGUGUGACCUUUAAAGUGUUGACAAUAUAAAAUAAAGUAGGUAACUGUUUCGCAGAUACAAAAUAAUCUACAGUAAAUAUGCAGCCCCCUUAAAAUGUUGUUUGUCGGUGAGAGUAAAGAACAGCGAUGCCAGUCAUCAGACAUGUCAGUCAUGCUAAAUACUGCUGAUUUCCUGACCCUGCUGUUUAGUGUCUAUUGUAUUUGGGGUUCUUGAGAAGCAUUUCCACACCCUGUGUAAGUAGUCCAUGCUGUUGGUCAUAAGUUGGCUGUAUUAAGAACAGCAUAGUGAAUAAAUGAAAUCAACCAAUAGGACUAAUGUUGCUUUUUGACAGAUUUUAUUUCUGAUUGUUUUUCCUCACAUAAAAAUUAUCCCAAAGGUUAAUAGUUGAUCUGAAUGAAACAAUGGAAAAUUUCUUUCUACUUAAAUUUCCAUUGAAAAAGAAAGACAAAGAAUAGACUAGUCCUGUUUAAAGCAGUGGACAUUUCUCUGAAGUGUCUAAAAUAGUAGCAGGAUAUUUCAUGUUAGUUGAGUAGAGCUUGAUCGGUGAGUGGUGUUGAGUUUUAGUGAUUGCAUUAGCUUGAUUGGCGGUUGUGAGUUUCAGAAAUCUGUCUGUGGCAUCCAGCCUGUGGGUGGAUUUUGUAUAGCAUGGGAUAGGAAGGGAAGCCUGGUGAAAAGACAUUUACCUGUUUGUCUUGUGUUUCAUUCCAUUCUCAAAAUAUUAACUCUAAUUAAAAUUGUAAAAUUUUAAUAUAUAUGUUGAUGGGACAAGAAAAGUAUUUAUUUAAUCAAAGAGAUGUUUAUAUAUUGAAUUUUAUGUUAAUUCAUUUGUAUCUUUAAAACAUUAUCACUGUACAGCCAAUGACUCCUCUAGUGCACUGAGAAAAUCUUUUAGUGAAGCCAGUGUUUUACAUUAAGGUUGUGGUGUUUUGUUAAAUAAUUGACUAGUAUGUAUGCUGCUGUUUUCUGGGUGGCAGAAAGUGUUUGGUUCCAGAAACGUUUAACUGUUUAUGGCACCAGUACUCAAAGGUAACAGGAGAACUUUUUAUUAAGUGUUUUUGUAAAUUCAGUGAGUGAAUUCAGAAGAAGUGUUUAC